AUGGUUUGUUCUCCCCCAAUCCACGAGGUAUAUGCUGCCGUGGACCUCCUACAGCGGGUCGGUCCACUUCCGUUCGCUGUGCCACAUGCCAUGGUCCAGACGGCCUUCCCUGGCGAGAGUCAUCACGACGUGACUUGUGACUCAAGUGGGGCGUACUGGGCUCCGAAUGACGAUAAACAGAAUACGCAACUGGAUAUUGCCCACCACAUUGACUUUGCGGAUGAGCAUCCUUAUGCCGAGGUUAUCGGUACAGAUCUCUCACUCAUUCAACCAAGCUUCGUGCCCCCAAAUCUGCAGUUCGUGAUUGACGAUGCAUGUGAGUACUGGAUCUAUCCCAAAAGUCAUUCUGAUUAUAUUCACACUCGUACUCUGUACGGAGCAAUAGCAGACUGGUCUCAAUUCUAUCGCAAAGCUCUGAAGCAUCUGCGUCCUGGAGGAUUUUUUGAACAACUGGAGAUGUCCAUACAAUUUCGGUUAGAUGAUGGUACUUUGCCAGACGAUCAUGUGCUGAAGAUCUGGUCAAAGACGAUGAUUGAGGCCAGCGAGAAGCUAGGGAAGACUUUCCGCAUUGCUGAAUUUGCUGCUGGUUACAUGCGAAACGCAAGCUUCCAUAAUGUAGUCGAGCGCCGGUUCAAACUGCCGGUUGGCCUUUGGAGCAUAGACAAGAAACUUAAAAGUCUAGGAACGUGGAAUCAGGUGCAUUGCGAGCACGGUAUUGAGGGCUGGGCUAUGGCAUUGCUCACCCGAGUCAUGAAGGUAAGUGUAAUUGAUUCUCAUUACAUGCUGGUCCCAAAUGCGCAGGGUCUCCGUGAUCCAGAUGUGCAUGCUUACUUCGAGGUUGUCGCUGUUUACGGCCAAAAGCCUAUGCAUGCAAUUUAG